AUGGAGGAGGUGUGGAAGGACAUCAACCUCACCAGCCUGCACCAUGAGAGGCGCUUCGCUCCUCUUCCGGAGCCCCACCACCACCACCACCACCACCACCACCGGGCCAUGAUCCUCCAGGACUUCCUCUCCGGUCCCUGCUUCACCGUCUCCCGGGCGAACGCCGCCGUCGAGGACAUCCCCCUUCCUCCCCCGCCCCCACUCCUGCCCCCCACCGCCCUCAGCCUCAGCUCCGGCCGCGAGCUCCAGUACCUGGGCGGCGGCGGCGGCGGAGGCGGUGGGUCUGCCCUGAUGAACGGCCACUCCCGCUCCAGCUCCAAUUCCAACGGUUCUCGAGUCCAUGGCCAGGCCAACAACAACGACAACAACGCGCGUAGUGGACCUUUCAUGUCCCCUUCCUUCUCCGACGCCGUCAUCGGCCCCUCGUCACCCGCCGGGUUCUUCUCCUUCUGCUCCAAGAAGCGGGUAAUGCCGGAGGGCCCCGGCAUUGGCGGCGACCGCCGCUACAAGCGCAUGAUCAAGAACCGCGAAUCCGCCGCCCGAUCCCGCGCCCGAAAGCAGGCUUACACAAAUGAGCUGGAGCUAGAGGUUGCACAUCUUUUGGAGGAGAACGCCAAGCUAAAGAAACAGCUAGAGGAGCUACGUUUGGCGAUGGAUGCUCAGCUGCCAAACAGAAUCGCCCUCAAAAGAAGCUCAUCAGCCCCAUUUUGAGAAAGAACGAGAAGAGGGAGGGAGCACCCUGCUGCAAAGAGGGCGCGAGAGCCCACAACACUUUUCUCACCCCCUUCUCCAACCUAUAUAGACCCCUAUUCCUAAACAAAGAGAGAGAGAGAGAGAGAGAGAGCGCGAAUUGAAUUGGACUCGUGUUUGCGCAGACAUAGUAAGGACCCAAGAACACAUAAUUCAGAUCUCUCCCCUUCCCACCGCCAACUG